GCACUCGGUUCCAGCUUCCAGUCGGUGAGACAACGUCGCUCAGACAAGUACACUUGGUUUAUCAAAUAGCUUAUCAUCAUGAGGGGUAUUACCACCGCAGUAUUUUUUACGGUGUGCGUCUUCGCCGUGGUGAGUGCCGCACCGAGUAACAAAAAGUGGGGGAAGAAUGAGGCCCGUGUGGAUGACGAUGAUUCGGAGGGAGGCAUCUACCCGUCCGAUCGGACCAGACCGAGCUCACCGAGACGUGGGGGUCCAAGUGAAGGUCGCUCAAAUACGAGGGGAGGUCAAGGGCCGUACCUUUUCUUCAGGGAACCUAAAGCCAUUGGUGGUGUCCCAUCCUCCCCCUGGGGUCGUCGUCCCAUCGCAGUAGGCAACAAACCAUGGCCACGAUACAUUCAAGGCAGAGAUGACGAAGAGGAUGACGACGAGGAUGAUGAAGACGCAGAGGAUGACAUUCAAGACGACGAGGGAGGCAGUGACGAAGAUGAGUAUGCCUUUGAUACGCCGAGCUGGGAUGAUAUCUACCCCAAGGAGGAGACUGGACCAUACGCUCAAAGGAACGCCCCCAUUCAGCAGGGACAAGGUCAACAAUGGAACUCCGUCCAAGGUCAAUCUGGGGGAUACUCGCUGUCUCCGGGAACUCCAGGCAGCUCGGGGUACCAGGGAAGGAGUGGUUUCAACCGAGCCCCAUCAAAGCCUUGGCAGCAAAGAAAUUGGCAGGGAGAAGGACCAUGGGCGACUGGUGGUCGUCGACAAGUCCGACAACGCCGACCCAUAGCGUGGGUUCGAGUCCCGAAACAGGGUCAUUAUGAGGAUCAGGAUGUCGAGGGUCCACCACCUUCUUGGUCUCGCUGGUCUGCCGGAAGCAGUUCUUCUGCCGGAAACUGGAAUUCUGGUUCCCCAGCCGUCUACUAUCGUCAACGUCCACAGUAUGUUCGCCGAUCGUGGAACUGGAGGCCAUCUCAGCGCCCAAUUCAGGUAGAAAGUGAGGAAGAAAGUGGUGAAGUUGCGCCACCACAAGUCUGGUCGUCUGCUGGCCCUCGUCGCUUGGUCAAGAGCUGGGCAAGGACACAGCCUCCAACUUGGCAAGGACGUCAGCAAAAGUGGGGGUACUACUAAAUCAAAAUAAAUGAUGUCUACACAUUUUGAGAAAAUUAUGUCAAACUAAAUUAUUCUCUUGUUUCUUCAAGUCUUCACUCUUUACGUAAAUUAUUAUUGUUUUUCUUACUAAUUUGAAUUGCGGUGAUAGAAUAAUAAUCAUUUCAUAUUUCCAAUAUUCGAAUCCAGUUAAUGAAUGAGGGGAAUGAUGUAUUUAAAAUCUUGAAUAAAUAAAAAAUCAAACGUUUUCAAAAAUA